GCAGGCUAGCAGCCUAUAAUGUAAGACAAGUUGAAGUCACAUAACAUUAACGCAACGAUCGAUCUUUGGAAGAAACAAAAUGGUCUAUGCUUCCUCCCCGCGUCUGCACCCUCUUACAUCAAAGCCACAGCCUUCAACUUUCCUUAGGCCCCACAACAAAACAACCAUCUUCCACCGCACAUUUCAAACAUCACCCGGCGCCUACGAUGAACUCAUGGACAUGUACGCUGGUGGUCGAGCGUUGCACUCAGGAAAAAAACUCCACGCCCACUUCAUCAUCACUGGCUUGGCUCGUUUAACCCGUUUUGCCGCCAAGCUCAUUGCCUUCUACUCGGGAUGUGGAGAACCUUCCUAUGCUCGCAAACUGUUCGACCAAAUUCCCGUAACAAAUUCACGCCGCUGGAUCGUCCUUAUGGGGGCCUACGCUCAAUACGGCUUUUAUGAAGAGGCUCUGGGUCUGUUCCGUGAGAUGCAGGAGCAUGGCCUGAGACCCAACGAAUUUGUCAUUCCCAGCACUCUCAAAGCCUGUGGGCGCGUCUCAGAUAGGGAAACCGGGGAGAAAAUACAUGGUGUGGUUUUGAAAUGUUCGUUUGAAUCCGAUGCUUUUGUUAGAAGUGCAUUGAUUGAUAUGUACUCAAAAUGCGGUUUAAUUGAAAAGGCGAGGCGAGUAUACGAUGCAAUGGUUGAGAAGGAUUUGGUGGCUUUGAACGCUAUGGUUUCGGGCUAUGCUCAACAUGGGUUUGCCAAAGAAGCAUUGGACUUGGUGAAAAAGAUGCAGGCUUUAGGAGUCAAGCCUAACGUGGUGACUUGGAACACCUUAAUUGCGGGGUUUUCGCAAAAGUGUGAUGAAGUAAUGGUCUCUGAACUUUUUAAUUUGAUGCGCAGCAACGGGGUUGAGCCUGAUGUGGUCUCUUGGACUUCGGUUAUAUCAGGGUUUGUGCAGAACUUUCGAAAUGAGGAGGCGUUUGCCACUUUCAGAAAGCUGUUGGAUCAUGGGUUCUAUCCGAAGUCGGCUACAAUAAGUAGUCUCUUGCCUGCUUGUGCAACUGCGGCCAAUGUGAGGCGUGGGAAAGAGAUUCAUGGGUAUGCACUGGUGAUUGGAGUUGGGGAUGAUAUAUUUGUAAGGAGCGCCCUUGUUGACAUGUAUUCAAAAUGCGGUUUUAUAGCCGAAGCAAGGAAUUUGUUCCAUCGGAUGUCUAAGAGGAACAUAGUUACUUGGAAUUCAAUGAUAUUUGGGUAUGCUAAUCAUGGGUAUUGCAAUGAAGCAAUUGAGCUUUUCAAUCAGAUGGAAAAGGAAGAGGGAAAGAAGCUUGAUCAUCUGACUUUCACAGCGGUUCUCACAGCAUGUAGCCAUGCUGGAAUGGUUGAACUCGGACAAAGUCUGUUUCACUUGAUGCAAGAAAAGUAUGGGAUUGUUCCAAGAUUAGAGCAUUAUGCAUGCAUGGUGGAUCUUCUUGGUAGAGCAGGAAAACUUGCUGAAGCUUAUGACUUGAUUAUGAAAAUGCCGGCUGAACCUGAUUUAUUUGUAUGGGGUGCACUAUUAGGGGCAUGUAGGAAUUAUGGGAAUGUUGAUCUUGCUAAAGUAGCAGCUAAGCAUUUGUCAGAGCUUGAACCUGACAAUGCAGGAAACAACUUACUAUUGUCAAAUUUGUAUGCUGAUGCUGGGAGUUGGGGAAAUGUGGCAAGGUUGAAGACGACAAUGAAGAAAAGGAAGUUGAGAAAAUUUCCAGGGUGCAGUUGGGUAGAAGCAAUCUGACACAUAGGCAUCACUUUACAAGAAGCUAUAUAAAAAUCUUCAUCCAGAACAGAAGGAAAUCUUGGGGUAUCUUCAAGAUGACAAUUGUCCAUCAGCUGACUCUGGUGGACAAUCAACCCUCUGCAACCAAAUUGAAGAUGUGAGACAAGAGGAGCCCAUUUAAGAAUUACCUCAAGGUGUUGGAGGUGGGGGAUGAAGAAGACAUAGAACACUCAAGAAACUGCUUAAAAAGAAAAAAAAAAAGAUAGCAGGGGAAAAUUUUGAAGGAUAGAGGAGCAUGAAUUUCUUCGACAUUGUUUGAUGAGCCAGCCAUGCGCAUUUGAGAUUAUAGGAAUUGGAGCUGCUGAGCCAAUAUCUAACUAUUUUAAGACUGCCAAAUACAUAAAUGUAACUUCAGAUAUCAUGGGUUUGGAUUUCGUACAGCCAGCUUAACAUGGACUUAACCCCCUCGGCCCACUGAGGCCCACACUACUCACUACUUUCCCAACCCUAUGAGCUUGCUUAAGACAAUACAGGCAGCCCAGCCAUGAAUGCUUCAACCCAGUACUUAGGGUGGGCUGGGCUCAUUUAUUGCACCCUCUAUGACAAACUAAAUGUUCUUACCAA